AACCUGGGGGUGCGCUCCAAUAAGAAUAAACGGCGGGCUGACCCACGAGGCCUAACUGUAGCUGUGCUGGCUCUAGUCUCAUCUGUCAGUAGGCGAGAGGAGAAGCGAUGCAGCACGGCCCCAGAGGUCCACCGCGGGGACAAAUGCAGGGUUUCCGACGAGACUUUCCUCCCAAUGAAGACCCCGCGUGGGAGAAAGCCGUCAGAUCUAUUUUUGUGGCUAACGUGUCAUUCGAGACAACGGAAGAGCAGUUGAAAGCCGUCCUCUCUGAAGUAGGUCCUGUCGUCAGCCUCAAGUUGAUCCACGAUCCGACGACGGGUCGACCGAGGGGGUUCGGAUUCUGUGAGUUUGAGGAUGGAGAGACGGCCAGGAGUGCAGUGAGGAACCUCACUGGUAGAGAGGUCAACGGACGACCCCUCAGGAUUGACUCCGCCACUAAUGCCCCCGGGGGGGAAAUGAGGGGACCCGGAAACGUGCCCCCUGGUCCACAAGGAGGUGCUAUUGAGCCUCCAUUACACGGACCAGCCGUCCCACCAGAAGCAGCCCCGGAGGCCAUCACCAAGGCAGUGGCCAGUCUCCCCCCGGAGCAGAUGUUUGAGCUGAUGAAGCAGAUGAAGUGGUGCAUUGAGAGGAAUCCAGAGGAGACCAGGCAGCUUCUGCUGCAUAACCCUCAGCUGGCAUACGCCCUGCUACAGGCUCAGGUUGUCAUGAGGAUUGUAGACCUGGAAACGGCCCAGAAGAUUCUCCACCGAGAGCCGAGAGGUCCUUCUCUUGACCCGCAGCCAGCUGAGGCUGGACCCUCACAACCUCCCCCUCCUCCCCACCAGCACCAGCAGGGGCCACCUGCUCCUCACCGUCCUCCCCACCCUCACCAACGUCGCCCGUCUCCCCCACCUCCCAGACGACAAGACAGUCCAGUGGAACCGGGUUUCGGACCCCCGAGGGAACAUUUUGGCCCCCCGCACGAGCCCCCUCCACCUCCACCGAGGAGAGACGAGAGGGAGAGGUUUGGCGGGGGUCCACCACCAGGGGCCCGAGGUCCUCCUCCACACAGGGUGAGCUAGUUAUACCUCUUCUCUUUGGAUUCUGUCACUUUCAUUGUUGUAGGGUCCUCCCCCAGGACACCAACCAGUAAGUAACUACGUUAAUGCUCUCCUGAUACAUGAAGUCUAGACAUAAUGACAAGCUUAACAAUAAAGUUUCGAGGGUGACAAUUUUUAUGAAAUCAUCUGCCACUUUAUUGUCUGUCUGUUAGCCACCAGGACGAUACGGAGGGGGUCCAAUGGGUCCCGGUCCAAAUCGAGGACCCCCUGAUUCUGGUCCCCGCCCAAUGCGAGGACCCCCUGAUUCUGGACCCCGCCCAAUGCGAGGGCCCCCUGACUCUGGACCCCGCACAAUGCGAGGACACCCUGAUUCUGGUCCCCACCCAAUGCGAGGACACCCUGAUUCUGGACCCCGCACAAUGAGAGGACCCCCUGAUUCUGGUCCCCGUUCCAUGCGAGGACCCCCUGAUUCUGGCCCUCCACGAGGGGGACCGAGGAGCCCCCCUCGUUCCGACCGUCCUGGACCCUCUGCUCCUGGCAACAUGGGUGGUCUGACUCCUCAGGACCAGGAGAAGGCUGCUCUCAUAAUGCAAGUGUUGAGUCUGAGUGACGAGCAGAUACAGAUGCUGCCUCCGGACCAGAGAAACAGCAUAUUGAAACUAAAAGAACAGAUCAGUCAGAGCAACUAGCUCUCUGUUAUCAUACAGCCGGAACUAACUCUCGCUGUCUCGUAACUAAUAAACCUGUAUUGUAAUUGCAAUGCUGUAUUGUUGUCUGGGAAAAGAUGAGUUUCCAUGGAAGAAGAU